AUGCCUUCAAAGAAAAAAAGUCAAUGGAAAACCUUAGUACUUGGUUGUUUCAAAGACAAAAACCUUACCUUGGAAUCACCAAAACUUGUUUCAAAAAAACAAGGUUCAAGUAGAAUCUCUCUUUCUGAUUUAAGUGAUUAUUCAUCUCCUUCUGUCAUUAGUGAUUUAUCCAAUUCAUUAGUUGGAAAUGUUCAAAUUUUCACUUGCAAAGAACUCAAAGAGAUCACAAACAACUUCAACAAAUCAAAUUUUCUUGGUGAAGGUGGAUUUGGAAAGGUUUACAAAGGUUUCAUUGAUGAUAAACUUAGACCUGCACUUGUUCCUCCUCAAGCUGUUGCUGUUAAAGCCUUGAACUUGGAUGGAAAACAAGGUCAUAGAGAGUGGUUGGCUGAAGUUCUAUUUUUGGGGCAGUUGAAGCAUCGCAAUCUUGUUAACUUAAUUGGUUAUUGCUAUGAAGAUGAGCAUAGACUUCUUGUCUAUGAAUAUAUGGAAAGAGGAAGUUUAGAAGAAAAACUUUUCAAAGGUUAUUUAGCAACUUUGCCUUGGUUAACAAGAAUUAAAAUAGCACUUGGUGCUGCUAAAGGACUAGCUUUUCUUCAUGAAGAAGAGAAACCUGUUAUAUAUAGAGAUGUUAAAGCCUCAAACAUUCUAUUAGAUGUUGAUUUCAUUGCUAAGUUGUCAGAUUUCGGUUUAGCAAUCGAUGGACCAAAUAAAGAUCAAACUCAUAUCACGACUCGCGUGAUGGGUACACAUGGUUAUGCCGCUCCCGAAUACAUCAAUACAGGUCGUUUGACGACGAUGAGUGAUGUGUAUAGCUUUGGAGUAGUUCUCUUAGAGCUACUAACAGGAAAAAAAUCAGUGGACAAAAAAAGACCAUCAAGAGAACAAGAUUUAGUAGAAUGGGCAAGACCAUUAUUGAAGGAUUCACACAAACUCGAAAGAAUAAUCGAUUCAAGACUCGAGGAUCAAUACUCAAUCGAAGGAGCAAGAAAACUAGCAUCCUUAACAUACCAAUGUCUAAGUCAUCAUGACAAAAGUAGACCAACAAUGAGAACCGUUGUUAAAACGUUAGAGUCUCUCAUGAAAUUAAAUGACAUUCCAAUUGGUCAUUUUGUUUAUGUGGCUCCAAGUGAGGUGACAAAUUGUGAUGUGUCACUAAAUGUGUGUGACAAAAGUGUUGUGAAGAGUAAGGAUGAAGAAAAGGAAGAGGGUCGGAGAACUCGUCGAAAAAGUCGUAGUAGUCGACGAAAGAUUCAGGCAUUGAUGAGGUCUCGUUCUGUUUACUCUGACACUGCUUUGUAUAAGACUCUUGGAACUGGUUUGUAUUCACCUAAGGAGAGCAAAGAGAAGCAAUAA